AUGGAUAGUGAUGCUGUAACUAUUGAUUACGAAGAAGAAAGCAAUUACAUUCAGUCAGAACCAGAACAGAUCGGUCCGACGGCCCAAACCGAAGAUCUCGCCGAAGAAAACAAAAGUCUGGUGUGGAGCUUACUAAAGCAAGUUCGGCCUGGAAUGGAUCUUUCCAAAGUAACGUUGCCAACAUUCAUCCUUGAGCCGCGUUCGUUCCUUGAAAAACUCGCCGAUUUCUAUUACCACUCAUAUAUCCUUACUGAGUGA